UUGCAAGUAACAGCCAACUCUCUCCUCUCCGCAGUCCGGACUACGGACGGGAGCCCCGACAUCGACGCAUCCCCUGCUUCUCCCCAAAUCCAAUCCAUCCUCCGGCCGUCCCCUCCCUUGCCGCGAAACCCUAGCCCAUCCCCGCGACCCCGCCCUGCCCUCCCGUAUGUCGACUGCGUGAUCGGCCAGGAGUCCGACCCACCUCUGGCCUUGCCCCCCAUCUGAUGUUCCUCUCCCGCAUCGUCCUGCGCGACCUGGACUCCAUCGACUCCCCGGCCUCCAUGGCGUCCUCGAAGAAGGUGGUGACCCGCGACGAGUGGGAGCGGAAGCUCCGCGACGUCAAGAUCCGCAAGGAGGACAUGAACCGCCUCGUCAUGAACUUCCUCGUCACCGAGGGCUUCGUUGACGUCGCCGACAAGUUCCGCAUCGAGUCCGGCACCCAGCCGGAGAUUGACCUGGCGACCAUCACGGAUCGGAUGGAGGUUAAGAAAGCAGUACAAUCGGGGAAUGUUCAGGAGGCCAUCGAGAAAAUCAACGAUCUUAACCCCACGAUUCUGGACACGAAUCCCCAACUAUACUUUCAUCUUCAGCAACAGAAACUAAUAGAGUUGAUUCGCGCGGGAAAAAUAAGUGAAGCUUUGGAGUUUGCUCAGGAAGAGCUCGCACCAAGAGGCGAAGAAAAUCAAACAUUUCUUGAGGAAAUAGAGAAAACUGUAGCACUACUGGUUUUUGAAGACAUAAAAAAUUGCCCUUAUGGGGAACUGUUGGACGUUUCUCAACGUUUGAAGACUGCAAGUGAAGUUAAUGCUGCUAUUCUUACAAGCCAAAGUCACGAGAAAGAUCCGAAACUUCCAAGCCUGCUAAAGAUGUUGCUUUGGACUCAAAAUCAACUGGAUGAAAAGGCGGCAUAUCCACGAAUCAAUGACUUGACCACUGCAGAGCUGCAAGAUCCAUCUAUAUGAAUAUGCUGCCGAGGAUACAACGGAGGUAGGCACCAUGCCUGCUUUGGUGCCUGCACACGUUGUUAUUUCCUGGAUCUGUCAAUAGGUCAUCGCCUGCAGCGAUUGAGUGCACUUCUUUCUCCAGUGUUUGAGCUCAAUGCAAGCAGUUGGUCAGAAAACUUCACCUGUGCUGUACCUGUACAUGAUGUAGAAGACAUUUUUCGUCCCCUUCCAGUCAGUGGAAAAUUAUUGAAUUUGAUUUUUCCUGGACGUACCUUUCAAACUUGUUACUUGCAAUACACAAAUGUGUGUUAAAUCGAA